AGAAAAUUGAAAUAGUCUUGCUUUUUGCUGUUUUUCUUUUGGUGGGUGGGCAUUCAGUAGUUCAAUUGGGUGAUUGCUUGGAGAAGAUGAUCAGCUUUGGCUUGGUGCCGGUGGUUAAUAUCAAGCUUAAUUAGCAGUUAAUUGGUAUGUGACUUUAAUUUCUUCCUGUUUUUGUAAUUUUCUUGCAGCAAUUAAAUUAAAGUGAUAUAUAUUGCUGUUAAGCAAAUCCUCCAAUCAAUGGCUGAUUUAGCUGGGCCAAGGCUGUAUGGCUGCUACAAGUGCCAGAAUCAUGUUUGCUGUCAUGAUGAUAUUGUCUCUAAAGCUUUUCAGGUGAUCCAAGCACAUGCAAGCCGUGGCAGGGCCUUUCUGUUCUCCCAUGCAACGAACGUGGUCGUAGGGCCUAAAGAGGAUCGGCAUCUGAUCACAGGUCUCCACACAGUUGCUGAUGUACACUGCUGUGAUUGUGGGGAGGUGUUAGGCUGGAAAUAUGUCAAGGCUUAUGAGGAAUUGCAGAAGUACAAAGAAGGAAAAUUCGUUCUUGAAAAAUUUAAGAUUGUUAAGAUCAAUUGGUAGCAUAUGUACUCAUCAGUUCGGGUUGUGGAAUUUGUUGUGAUUGAUUGUUCAUAAGUUUCUAUUCGUCUUGUACAAAGAAACUCUUAAUUUCCAAUUCGGAUAUGGUGGUAUCCUUUUGUGAAUAAUAAUAAUGUUGACCUUUA